AUAACCUUCUCAUUUUUUUAUAGCUUUCGCUCAACCACUUAUUACAGUCGACUCAAAAACAAUGUCACUUCGAAGAAAGCCGAUAAACUUUGAAAAAACAUUUGCUGAAUUGAAAGACAUACUGGACGCCAUCUUCUCGUUUUCAGCUCUUGGUGGAGUGUCUGGCAUGAACAUGUUUCAACUGAUUUAUGACAUGUGUAACGCGAUCCCUCAACCAUUCACAGAAAAGGUGUUUACUGGAAUAGCCGAGUAUAUUGACAAACACACAGUAGAGUUAUGUCAGAACAUUUUGAAGCACGAUGACCUUGUAACAGCCUACGCACGACCAUUCGAACGUUUUAAGCUGGCAGCUGAAGAUACUUCGGCAGGCUGUAAUUACCUCAAUGGUAUAAUUACUGCUGCUUAUUCGACAGGUAGCCGAGAUCGUAAACCGUCUGUAGCUGGUGGUAAAUACAAAAAACAGAGCGUUGAAUCGCUUGCUAUGUCAUUGUGGAAAACAAAUGUACUAUUUACGAUCCGAGACAGGCACCAAAACAGGUUGCUUUAUCAAGUUUUUGAACUCAUUCGUCGGGACAGAGACGGUGUAGAUGCGCCUUAUGGAACAAUUAAGGGAGUCGUCACAUCCCUUGUUCAAGCCCAUUCUUUUACUGGACAACCACUUCAAUUAUACAUUGAAGAGUUUGAGAGACCUUACUUGGUACAUACCAAACGCUAUUAUGAAGCUGAAGCCGCGCGUGAGAUUGCCUCUGGAUCAGUGAGCUCGUUUAUGAAAAAGGCAUCAGAGCGCUUAGAACAAGAAAUCAAGCGUAACAACCAAUACUGUCAUUCCACAUCGCAUUCUCGUAUUGUAAAGGAGUUUGAAGCCCAAUAUAUUACUGCAUACCAAGAUAGAAUUAUUGAUGAAUUUGAGAAUAUGCUACGUGAUGAACGAUACGAAGAUUGCACGCGGGCGUACAACCUCCUUAGCAGAAUUCCAGAUGGACUUAAACCCAUCCUGACAAUUUAUGAAGAAUAUAUUUCUAAGAUCGGAAAAGACAUGGUUUCUAAGCUUAAUUCAAGCGCUUUAAAGAAUCCAAGACUCUAUGUGGAUCAGCUACUCAUUCUUCACGGGAAAUUUCAUCAAGUAAAUCAACAAGUCUUUCUUGCCGACCCCCUGUUCACUGCAGCUGGUGAUAAGGCAUUUAGGACAAUUAUCAAUGACCCUAAUGGCGCAACUUCUUCGAAUGGAUCAGAGACCCUGGCAAGAUAUUGCGACAUGAUGCUCAAGAAGAAUGCAGGAAAAAAAGAAGCUGGAGUAACAGCUUCUACUACCAAUUCUCUUGAUGGUAAGAAGAAGGGAGCAUUAAAAAAGCCGGUACAAGAUAUUGAGGAUGGCGAUCCAGAAGAAAAAUUGGCAAAAAUGAUUACACUUUUCAAAUACGUGGACGAUAAAGACGUGUUUCAAAAAUUCUAUUCCAGAAUGCUGGCUAAACGCUUAAUAUACAGUGCUUCGGCGUCAGAAGAAAUGGAGGCUAACAUGAUCAAUUGUCUCAAGGAAAUCUGUGGUGUAGAAUACACCAGUAAACUCAAUAAGAUGUUUACUGAUAUGUCCCUCAGCAGUGAUUUGAAUGUUAAUUUCAAAGAUUAUCUAAAACAACAAUCGUGCAAGAUGAACGUUGGGUUUGAUAUCCUGGUAUUGACCCAAGGUGCCUGGCCACUAAACCAAAAAGAGGAUCCGAAUGAAGCAGAUAUAAAUAAAGUACAGAUACCAUCAGAGUUGGAAGAAAAUGUCACAUUAUUUGAAGAUUUUUACGGUAAACAUCACAACGGAAGAAGGUUACUUUGGCAAUGGAAUCUCGCAAGAGGUGAGAUGCGGCUAAACUACUUGGACCGACACUAUGAGCUACAAGUUGGCUUGUAUCAAAUAGUCAUUCUAUUACUCUUCAAUAGCGUCACUGAAAUGUCAAUUGCGGACCUCUUGGUUCAUUCCGGACUUUCUCUUCCCGAUACACUCCGCAGUAUAAAGCCAUUGGUUGAUAUCCAUAUAUUGGAAUCAAAUGCGUCUAGUUUAAACAAAAGUUCAGUUGUAAAAAUCAACAUGAAAUUCAGCAGUAAACGUACCAAGAUCAAGGUAUCUGCAGCAGGAGCGCAAGCAGAGGCACAACAAGAAAGUCAGGCUACACGUAAAGCUGUGGAGGAAGAUCGCAGAAUGUACAUACAGGCUGCAGUCGUGCGAAUUAUGAAAUCGCGCCAGAGACUGUCUCAUGUUCAAUUGAUCCAAGAAAUCAUCGAUCAGGCAAACUCCCGUUUCUCACCUUCAGUUAUUAUGAUCAAGAAGUGCAUUGAGCAACUACUGGAGAAACAAUUCAUUGCUCGGCAAGGAAGAGAUACUUAUGUCUAUGUAGCUUAGAAUGCGUGGAUACCAGUACAAAUGUCUUUUUCUUUUCUUUUUCUUUACUUUCUUCCCCCUCUUACUUGUUAAAGGAAGAAUUGAUUGAUCAAUUGAUUGGUUUUUCUCUUACGAAAUAUUCGGAAAUAACCUAUAAAAACUCGAAAAGAGAUCUUGAUUGUUGUACCAUUUUUGAGAUCUUGUUUUGACUUUGGUUUGUACAAGACAGGCGAUUCUCUGGAGAACUGUCGAUUGUCCGAUAUCGAACAACUUUUCGGAUAUUAGGGUUAAAUACCCGCCAUAUAAUAAAUAUAUUUAUAUAUAUUUAUUCUG